GUCAGUUGUUGCUGUUUCCCACGUUCUAUUGCAUUUGGUAGUGUAUAUUGUUUUUGUAGAUAUCUCUUCGUAGACAUACGAAAUCUAAAUCACAAUGGCAUAAAACACGAUGCGAUUGGUGUAGAAGCCCAUGCUAGCAACAAUUCUAAACUUAUUCUAACCUAUUCUUCGAUAAUGGAUUUUUAUGCUGCAGGUUAUAAAUGCCAAACCGAUUACCACAGUAUUUGAUAAACAAAGGAUUAUAGCUGUCUAAAGAUGGUUAAAUUCAUAGUGGAAAAACAAGGUGACUCUCCAUCUUCAAUACUAGAUUUAAAUAAACCCAAAAAAUCUAAAGUCCAUAAGCAUCAAGAUGAUCUUAGACCUAACAACAGUAACGAUAAAAGUAUUUCUAGCAUACUGUCAGAAAAGGUGAAUGUUCUUAAGAAAUUGGCAGAAAGUAUUAAAAAUAAAGAAAAAUACAGUUCUGUAUCUACUGCUGAGAGUAUGGAUACGUCGUGCAAUCUAAAUGCAUCUCAGAAUGAUACCAUGUUAAAGUCUCAAGUUUGUGAAACAGUUAUUUUGAAAAAGCUAACAAACAGCAGCAAAAACAAACAAAAGUGUGAUGAAAGUAGUAAAGUUAAAUUCAAGAAUAAUACUGCUAACUCAGUAAAAACCAAAAAGCGGAAACAUAAUUAUGAUUCAGCAUGCAAUAUUGAGAAUGAAAAUAUUUCUAGUGAUCACAUCACAUCCCAUAAAUGCAAUGAAACUAAACGUAGUAACACUGAAGGGGAAGUUAAGCGAAAGUGUAAGAAGCGAAAAUUAGAACAUGACUCUUCACUGGGACUUCACAACCAAGGUGAUUCCUUGACCAAGGCAGUUUCUAAAGGAACUCCAAAAAGUGAAUUAAAGGAUAAGAUGACAGUUAAACAUAAGUCAUUGAAACCCAAACAUGCUAUACAAAAAUCAGAAAUGAGAAAAUGGUAUCAUGAGUGUGUUGAUGAAGAAUAUUUUACCAGUGAUGAUGAAAGUGCAAGUGAAACCGAAACUUUCCAGGAUAGAAGCCUACAACGCCAGCAUCGACAACUGUCUAAUGAACGCCUAACGAGGACACUAUUUGUUGGGAAUUUACCGCCUAAUAUAAAUAAAAAGAGACUAGAAAAAUUGUUUAAUAGAGUACUAAAAAAGGAUGAAGUUGCAGCUGCUUCGAAGUGUCUUGUUGAAUCUAUUCGAUUUCGUGGUGCUAUCCCUGUUACUGGUGGUACCAGUAAACGUGCACGAAAACUUGCAGCUAUUAAAGGCGAAUUUUCAGGCGUGUCCAAAUUUCGUAUUGGUUAUGUUGUACUAACUUCUAAAAUUGGCAUACAGGCAGCUCUUACCUUGAAUGGAUGCUGUUUGAACUCAAAUGGUGCUGUUUUUAACCCUGAAGAAUCGACUGGUGAUGCAACAGAUUCAACCAAUCAAGAUUGUAAAUAUCAUAUUCGAGUUGACUGUGCAAUAAAGAAUAAAACGAACUAUAAACCGGAUAAUUGUGUUUUCUUAGGAAAUCUACCAUUCGAUUGUACUGAAGAAGAGAUUUACAAUGCUUUAUCUUCAUUAGGCUCAUUGGCCAGUGUACGCUUAAUCCGUGAUAAUCAAACUGGUGCAGUACGUGGAUUCGGUUAUGCAACAUUCACUGAUCCAUCCUACAUACCAUUGGCUAUACGUGCAUCGAAUACAUUGACUGUACGUGGACGACCGAUAAGAAUUUUUGAGUGUAAAACAAAAAAACCAAAGAAAAAUAAAAUUAAGGCAUCAUAUGUUCACCAAUCGAAUUCCACCGAUAAAAAAACACCGAUUACUACUUCUUAUUCAACUAAAAAUAUGAAAAAGAAGACAAAAAAGACGAAAGAGAAAAAGGUCAAAAAACGUGAAGGCAAACACAAAGUGAAAAAAUGAAACUGUAUUAUUGAAAUAACGUAACCAUUGUAUAGUCUCCUGUCAUCUUACUACUCUCUUAAUCUAUCGACUAUUACAUUAAAGGAGUAAUCAGCAUGUACAUAUGAAUAAAAGUGCAUUAUAUUUAAUAAAAAAAAUUAAACAGUAGUUUUGACCUUUUUAAACAACUGAUGCUACCUGUACAGUGUCAAUAAUCAUUAUGUGUAUCGUUGACAUUCUUUGUGUGUGUGUGUGCUGAGCUUAUAUUUCAAAGCAUAAAUUGUCUUAUAACAAGGUGGAAAUAGUACA